AUGCUGUCACUGUCACGAGGGUGUUUGCUGCCUGUAAGCUGCAGCCAGGUCGCAAGGAGCCAAGCUGUCCGUUGCGUCACGACGAUCUCAAUUGACCCGACCUCAUCGACGAGAAGGUCCCAUUCCCUCCCUCUUGAGGGUAUUCGGGUCGUGGAGUGCGGCCACCUCAUUGCUGGACCUUUUGCAGGGACGAUCUUGAGCUACUUUGGAGCGGAUGUGAUCAAGGUCGAACCUCCUACGGGAGACCAAGUGCGGGACUACCGCGAGUUGGACGCGACCAAGACUUCGUUGUGGUGGUACUCCCUUGGCCGCAACAAGCGGUCGGUGGCAAUCGACAUGAAGAAAGACAAGGGACGGAAGCUCGUUCAAGAGCUCAUUGAGCAGAGCGAUGUCUUGAUUGAGAACUUUCUUCCGGGUCGCAUGGAAAAGUGGGGACUCGGGCCAGAACAAUUUGAAACGACAAACCCGAAACUCGUGUACACGCGAGUGUCCGGGUUCGGACAAGAUGGACCUUAUUCGGGGAGACCAGGAUUUGCGUCGGUGUGUGAAGCUAUGGGAGGAUUUCGGUACGUCAAUGGCUUUGCAGACCGUCCACCAGCUCGUCCUAACCUCAGUAUCGGAGAUACUAUUGCUGGCAUCCAUGCGGCACUUGGAACUGCAAUUGCUCUGCUUGGACGGGAGCGAGGGGCUGCUGCUGGGGGAAGCACCAACGGGCAGGUUGUGGAUGUGGCUAUCUAUGAAUCAAUGUUCAAUCUCAUGGAAGCAGUGGUGCCUGAGUAUGAUUAUUCAGGACUAAUUCGCGAGUGCUCAGGGUCUACAAUCACAGGUAUUGUACCUUCGAACACAUACGUGACCAAAGACAAAAAGAACGUCGUUCUUGCUGCGAAUACCGACUCGCUCUUUGUUAAGCUCAUGAAUGCCAUCGGCCGAGAGGACAUGGCAGUAGACCGUAAGUACCGGACGAAUGCCGACCGCGUCGUGCACCAAGAAGCGAUCGAUGCCGCGGUAGUGACGUGGGCAGCCACCCAGGAUCUGGAUACUGUGGUUGCAGUGAUGGAGAAAGCCACGGUGCCGGUAGGUCUUGUAUAUUCUGUUGAAGACAUGCUCAAGGACCCACACUACCAGCACCGUGGGAUGUUUGAGGAGGUGGAAAUUCCGGAUGGAGAUAACACGCAAACGCUCAAAGUGCCUGCGAUCAUGCCCAAGUUGACGGCGACGCCAGGUGCAACGCGAUUUGCCGGGCGCAAACUGGGGCAAGAUACACGUCAAGUGCUGAACGAUGUUCUCGGGCGAUCGAAUGAGAACAUCGAGGAGCUCCUGGGGGAGAAGGUGAUUUUUGAGCCGAAGUAG